AACGGGUUGCCUAGAGACGGCGGAAACGUUUGGAGCAGCGAUGGAGAAGUAUGAGAAAAUCAAAGUUGUCGGAAGAGGAGCUUUCGGGAUUGUUCACCUGUGCCGCAGGCGCAGCGACGGGUCCUUUCUCAUCCUGAAGGAGAUCCCGGUGGAGCAGAUGUCACGAGAUGAACGUCUGGCGGCUCAGAACGAGUGUCAGGUGCUGAAACUGCUCAACCAUCCAAAUAUCAUCGAGUACUAUGAGAACUUCCUGGAAGACAAGGCCCUCAUGAUAGCUAUGGAGUAUGCACCAGGUGGAACCUUGGCUGAGUACAUACAGAAGCGCUGUAACUCUCUGCUGGAUGAGGACACUAUCCUUCACUUCUUUGUACAGAUCUUACUUGCUCUGUAUCACGUACACAACAAACUUAUCUUGCACAGAGACCUUAAGACACAGAAUAUUCUUCUUGACAAGCACCAGAUGAUCGUCAAAAUUGGUGACUUUGGCAUCUCCAAAAUACUUGUCAGCAAGAGCAAAGCUUACACGGUGGUCGGUACCCCAUGUUACAUCUCCCCAGAGCUGUGUGAGGGAAAGCCGUAUAACCAGAAGAGUGACAUCUGGGCUUUGGGCUGUGUGCUCUAUGAGCUAGCGAGUCUUAAGAGAGCCUUCGAGGCUGCUAAUCUUCCUGCGCUCGUUCUGAAGAUCAUGAGCGGAACAUUUGCUCCGAUUUCAGACCGGUACAGCCCAGAACUUCGACAGCUCAUCCUCAACAUGCUCAAUCUGGAUCCAUCCAAACGACCUCAACUCAAUGAAAUAAUGGCUCUUCCCGUAUGCAUCAGGCCCCUGCUCAAUCUCUACACAGACAUAGGCAAUGUCAAAAUGCGCAGGAUUGAGAAACCACUGUCUACUCUGCAAACUGGUCCUCACGGUAGACCAGGAGGUAGAGUUCCCACAAACAGGUCCAGAGAUGGAUCCGUUGGUUUAGGACCAGGUAAGGUGCAUUCUCUCCCGCUGUCAGCGGUGUACACGUGGGGAAGUGGAAUCUCAGUGCCUCUCCGUCUGCCGAUGCUCAACACUGAGGUGCUUCAAGUGUCUCUGGGCCGCACUCAGAAGAUGGGGGUGACCAAGUCUGGCCGUCUGAUUACAUGGGAGGCUCCAUCAGUGGGGUCUGGUGAGGCCAGUCUGCCCGGUGUGGUGGAGCAGAUGCAGCCUCAAUUAAUUUCACGUUUCCUUGAGGGUCAGUCUGGAGUAACCAUCAAGUCUGUGUCCUGUGGCGACCUUUUUACCAUCUGCAUGACAGACAGAGGCAUUAUCAUGACGCUUGGAAGUGGGAGCAACGGCUGUCUAGGACACGGUAACUUCAAUGACGUUACACAGCCCAAGAUAGUCGAGGCACUCCUCGGCUACGAGCUGGUUCAGGUGUCAUGUGGUGCUUCCCACGUCCUCGCUGUGACCAAUGAAAGAGAAGUAUUUGCCUGGGGAAGAGGAGACAAUGGUCGCCUCGGGCUAGGCAACCAAGACACCCACAACUCUCCACAGCAGGUGUGUUUACCUGGGGAAUUUGAGGCCCAGAGGGUGGUGUGUGGAGUCGACUGCUCCAUGAUUAUCAGCACCCAGUACAGCAUCGUGGCAUGUGGAAGCAACAGAUUCAACAAGCUCGGACUGGAUAUGAUAACAGCUGGAGAGGAACCAAACCCCUUGAAUCAGUUGGAAGAAGUCCAUUCUUACUGUCCUGUCCAAUCAGCCCCACUCAACAGUGAGAAGAUUGUUCACAUUGACAUUGGGACAGCCCAUUCUGUUGCUGUUACAGAGAGGGGUCAGUGUUUUACCUUCGGCAGCAACCAGCAUGGUCAGAUGGGCUGUAGUUCCCGUCGUAGCAGCCGUGUUCCCUACCCGGUGCCCGGGCUGCAGGGCAUCACCAUGGCUGCCUGUGGAGAUGCUUUCUCCUUAGCUAUCGGAUCUGAUUGGGAGGUGUACACCUGGGGAAAGGGGGCCCGCGGCCGCCUCGGAAGGAAAGAAGAGGAUUCUGGGAUACCUAAGGCGGUGCAGCUUGACGAGAGUCACCCAUUCACGGUGACAUCGGUGGCUUGUUGUCAUGGCAACACUCUGCUGGCAGUGAAACCUUUGCUGGAAGAACCUGCCCCGAGAUGAAUUUGUCCUAAAAACGAACCCACACCCACUCAACGGUCACCCUGAAGCCCAGGUGUGGCACAAGGUGAAGCUUCCUCUGGAUAUAACUCUUCCCAGAAGCCCGUCUGCGCUACAGUUAACAUAUUUCCUUUUCACGCCGCAGCUGCGCCCUCAAAUUCUCACUCGGUCUGUUUGAUUCUGCGGUUUGACAUCAUGCAGCAAAGCACAGAAAAGGUCAACCCCUGUGUGCUUCAACAGGUGUAUCUCUCACCAGGGUAGUUAAAAGAAUGCUGCAACACUGUUGCUGGAGAUGGAUUACAGGAAGUCAUUAGGCAGCUUUCAUGUGGCGAGCUAUUGUCCUCUCUCACAUGCAGAGUUAGCAUGAUAAAGACCAGUAAAAGUCAAACUGGUUUGAGCUCUCUUAAGCCACUGGUGAAUGAGGUGACACAAUGCAGAGAAAUGGAAAAGAAUGAAAGCCACUUGAGCAUCAUGAGUCGAAUGAACCUAACACAAUAAUCAGCGCUCACAUUGUGCUUUAUUGGAUUAGUCCUCCAAUACAUUUGUAACUCCAGCAGCGUUCACACCGGAUAACGAUGUGUUGUUCAGGGUCCAACUGAGCGACGUCUUUAAGACGUAAUGACUGUGUCCGAAAUAACUUCCUGGUUCACUCCUCCCUAUAUAGUAGACACUCAAUAGUUUACUCUGCAUGGAGCCGUAAAUAUCGACAUGUAUGAAUCUUCUUCUUCGUUUUUAUGUUAUUUGACCAAUUGUAUUGUGGCAUUGUUUGCUAAACGUAGCGUAACAUAAGAUAGAUCUUUAUUUAUCCUGAGGGAAAUCGUUGUACAGCAGUUGCAGUACAAAGUGCAACACUAUAAACAGAUACAAAAUCCAAAGUAUAGGCAAUGCCGAAAUAUGAGGUUAACAGUAAGGAUCAUAAGUUGCUCAUAUACUUGGAUACUCUUGUUUUUGUUGCAUUGUAGGAGUUUGGGGCGGGGCACCAUUUCUAGAGCAUAAAUAUUACCAUUUGGCGCUCACAGAAAAUGUCAGACAGCAAAUAAAGUGCACUGUUCUAUAAAUAAACAUAUGUCACUGAAAUGUGUAUUAUAUUUUAAAUGAGAUGGUACAUACAUCGAGUGAACUGUUUUUAAAAGAUGACCUCGACUGAACCCAUACUUUUUACUCAAUAAGUAAAAGUACAUAAGUAUUUGCAUCAAAAUAUAGAAGUAAAAUGACUCGUAUACAGAAUGGUACAUUUCAGACUAAUAUAUAUUAUAUUACUCUAUAUUUAGUGAUGCAUUAAUUUGUUCAUCACUAAUGUUGCAGCUUGUAAUUGUUGGGCUAUUUCUUUUAUAUUUCUUAUAUACUUAAGCAAUAAUAAUGAAUCUUAAUAUUUUAGUUGAUUAUAUUUAAUCGGCAAAAAAACACAAGUUGACAAAUAAAUGUAGUAAAAAGUAAAAUGUUUGCCUCUGAAAUGUAAUGGAGUAAAAUAACCGUAAAAUAGAAAUACUCAAGUACCUCAAUUGCACUUACAUGUGAGUAAAUGUACUUAUUUACUUAUCACCACCGGUGUGAGUGAAAUAUUUGUUGUUUUUGUUUGUUAUAUUUACAUUUGUCUAGUGUUGAAGCUUUUAUUGUCACACUUAAAACAUCUAAUGAAUAAAAAAAACAGGAAAAUAAAGAAUCAUCUUCACAGGUGUCUGUCGGUUUCUGGAUAUUUUUAAAGACAUUUUGAACAGUUUAAAACAUGCAACCUAUUUCAGAGAUUGUAAUGUUUCCUGUGGCUGCUAUGGGAUGGAAACAAAUAAUUAGAUAUCCUUAUCAUGGCUUGGAAGGUUGACUUUAAAAUAAUACACCAUCUUAAAAUAAAUAACUAACCUACAGUAUAAUGCUGGAUCUCUAAGUAAGGGUCAGAUUACUUUUGCUUUUAUUCUGCCUCCACAGUCGCCAUUAUUCUCAUCAAUCAACUGAUUCAUGUAGUUUUCAUACAGCUGUUAACGCGUGGUAUGAUUAUGGUAACUAUUAUUUAUUAGGAUAUAUUAUAGUUAUUCUAGAGAUUAGUAUGUAUUUUCUCCAAGUGUAUUCAUCAAGAUUCUGAUUCAAAAUCACGUAUUUGUACAACAAUGAUUUGGUUUUUUUUGAGGAUAUUAUUCCUUAAUUUAUUUAUUUUUGUUGAGGAAAUGGAUCCUCGAUAUUGUUUUGCAUGAUGAUGUCAUGAUGAUGUAAUCCAGUUGCAAUACAGCAGGUGAACAUUUUUUCUAAAUAUUUGGAUUGAGAUCUUUAUUUCUACUGUCGUAAAAUCAUGUCCAGUUUUGUUGUGUAACAAAGUAUUGCAGGUUUUAUUAUAGUAAUAUAAUGUAUAAACGCAACAUUAUAACAUUAAAUACACUGAGAUAU